ACUAUGUUCGAAAGCCACCUUCACUGACCUUGCUUGACAAAGGACUGGGUAUAAGGUUUCUAUUUUGAACAAAAUGGCGGACGGACUUUGCUGUCUAUCUGUCGGCUAAGAAAAUUAAGCAUGGCUGGAGUUGAAUAGAGAUUAGCUCAAUGAGCUUACGUGGUAUUUGGGUUUUUUCAGCCCUUUUUGAGUCCGACGGUGUCCUGUUUUCUCGGUGUUUUCCAACUGUUGAACGACGAGCAGUUCUACAUCAGGGAGCACUUAGUUUAACACCAAUCCCUGGCGAUAAAGAAUUAUGUGAAGCUGUGCUUAAAGAGCUGGGAUGUAGGAAAAAGCUGGGAACUUCCCUUGAUGAGUUUGACAAAGAUGUGGAUUUGUGCAACAAGCUUGAACAAAAACCUGCACAUGAAGUCAGAUUGAAGAGUGGUUUAUUAUGGCCAGUUGUUAUAAUUGAAAAGUUUGGUUUGGUAUUCGUGUGUCUGCCUUUGGUAGAAACUGAUCUUUCACAUGGAAAACCUCCCCUUGUUAAACUGCCUGGUGUGUCACUAGGAUACUCCUUACUUCACUCCAUGGUUGACUUUGUUGGAACUUGGACCACCAAAGAGGAGCUACAAUCUAAGAUGAAUGAGCUGUGCAAGUUCCUUUGUGUAGCUGCUCCUUUUGGUACUCCAGUUGACACAAAUGUGGCUACAAUUCAGUCACUUGUCAACUUAAAAGAUGUGACUGUACCUCUUAAAAGCAAGCAACCUGCUUGGAAGCCUGUUCAGUACAAAGGGAAACAGCAACUUGUGUUUACUGUUAAAGAAGAGAUCAGAGCUGUUCAGCAUGUGAAAAAAGAGGUACAAGAUGAGAGGCAACUGUUUGGGAUCAUUUUAUGCAGGGCUGACUUGGAGGGUAUCCCAGAAAUCACACUGAACAUCACCUCCUCCACCCUGGAUUUUCUUGUGGUCCACCCCUGUGUGCUUGAAGGAGAUACUCAUGUCCAGAUCCCCUCCUUUCAACCAUCCCAGAUGCUCAAAGGGCCUGAGUUGGUAGGUAGGAAAGUAAGAUUCAGGCCUCCGACAGAAUCAUUCCCUCUGUGUCACUAUUCUGCCAAGACUCCACAUGGCUUGCCAGUCCAAGGGAUAUACCAGAUGCAGGGAGAUGCAAACUCUGUGCAGGUUUCAGUCCAGUUAAGACUCAGCAACAAAGUCAAGAAUUCAUUUGAAUAUUGUGAAGUUCAUCUUCCCUUCUUUCACAGGGGUCCCGUUGUAAGAGUGGAUUCUGCUGGUCCAUCAACUGGCAACAUUUUGCUGUCUCCUGAUAAAAGACGCCUUGUUUGGGAUGUAGGUCAGAAGUUUCCGUCCAAAUCCCUUGAAGUCUCCCUGAGUGCCACUAUAUUUUUCGGUGAGAAGAGGCAACAACAGGUGACGGCAGACGGUCAGCAGCCUACCUUUGUAGAGGAUCCUUUCUGUACUGGAAUCAACUCCUAUGCGCAGGUCUAUUUCAAGAUACAAGACUUCACUUUCUCAGGAUGUGCCAUAGAUACCAGGUCACUGGCAGUUUAUCCCAUAGGGAAAUUCAAAUUGAAUAUCUCAUAUGAGUUCUUAUCGGCAGACUACAAGAUAUGGAACACCAAUGGUGAAGCCUUGUUCGCAUUCCCUCCUCCAAAAGCAGAGUCACUGUGAUGAGAACGCGCAAGGCAUUUUGAACAAAGAUUUAGUAUAAAUAAUAAUUUAUUUCAUACUUCUACAUUCUGUGUAAACUUUCGACUAACAAUUAUGUGACUGGUCAGAGGCUUUUUAAGGU